AUUUCUGCUUUCACUUAAAAGUUGCCUGGCGUGUGAAUUCCUACUAAUAGAUAGCUCGAAAAUAAUAAUAAGUCAAAAUGUCGAUGAUAUUCAACACGGAGUAUGGCUACCUGGAGGCCCUAACGCGCGGAUUCAAGAACGGCAUGCUAAAGCACUCGGACUAUCUAAAUCUGACCCAGUGUGAAUCCCUCGAGGACGUAAUGAUCAGCAUCCAGGGCACGGAUUACGGUCUCAUCUUUGGUGGCGAACAAUCAGCGCCGUCCGUUGAGGUGAUCGAAAGAUGCCUUAGGGAUCGUCUGCUGCAGCAAUACUACUACAUACGCAGUCAUUCGACGGAGCCGCUGACCACCUUUAUGGAGUUCAUACGAUAUCCGUUCAUGAUCGAUAAUGUGGCGCUUCUGGUCGCUGGCCUAAACAAUCACCGAUCCAUGAAGCGUCUGCUAAGAAUGUGUCAUCCGCUGGGCGAAUUCGAUCAACUGGGCGCCAUCGAAGUGGCCUCGAAUUCUGCGGAGCUCUUCGACGCCGUUCUAAUUGACACGCCCAUCGCUCGGUUUGUGCCACGCGAUUUGCCCAUGGAGUCGUUGCGUUACCUCGACGUGGAGAUUGUGCGUGCCCAUCUGUAUCGUGCUUAUUUGGAGAAAUUCUACGCCUAUUGCAGCCAACUGGGCGGCAAUACCGCCAACGUGAUGACCAAUCUAUUGUCCUUCGAGGCGGAUCGUCGGACCAUUACAAUAGCUGUGAACGCUAUUGGCAGUGAUAUCAUACCGAAGGAGCGUCUAAAGAUGUUCCCCACCUGUGGCUACCUGCCCAAAAUAGCCUUGGCCUCCAUGUCCACUUUAAAUGAUACGGAUAAAAUAAGGGAUGUUUGCAAUGUGUUCGAUGGCUAUGGCAAAAUGUUUGACAAUUUGGAGCGCGACUCGGACGGCAUGAUUACGCUGGAGGACCGCUUUCUCAUGAUGGAGGCCAAGAAGAAUGUGCAGACCUUCCUGCAGCAGUACCAUUUCGGGAUCUUCUACUCGUUCAUUAAACUUAAACAGUUGGAGGUACGCAAUAUCGUCUGGAUUAGCGAAUGCAUAGCGCAGCGACAGACGGACAGAAUCAACGCCUUCAUUCCCAUACCCUUGGACUAGAAACGCUUUUGCUUUCCUUCUUCGAAAUGUUUUCCCUUUGAAAUGUGUGUUAUAAUAUAUAGGCGUUGUUAUAAAUAAAACACAUGCAUAACAAUUUCGCAUU